AUGGGGAACAAUAGUAUGUUUCGUUAUGCGGAUGGAGUGGACAAGUUGUUGAUGUUCUUUGGGACCUUGGGAAGCCUUGGAGAUGGGCUACAAACCCCUCUCAUGAUGUACAUUCUUAGUCAUGUGAUCAAUGCUUAUGGAGACAAGAAUAGCAAUUUGACAAAGCAUGAUGUGAACAAGUAUGCAUUAAGGCUUUUUUGUGCUGCAAUUGGAGUUGGACUUUCAGCUUUUAUUGUUUUCAUGCCUUUAUACCAAAUGAUUUUGGCUACUACAGAAGGAAUAUGUUGGGCAAGAACUUCUGAGAGACAGGCUUCCAGAAUGAGAAUAGAAUACUUAAAAUCAGUCCUACGACAAGAAGUUGGUUUUUUUGACACUCAGACUGCUGGGUCUUCAACAACCUACCAAGUUGUCUCACUCAUCUCCUCAGAUGCAAAUACAAUCCAAGUUGCCUUGUGUGAGAAGAUACCUGAUUGCCUGGCUUACAUGUCAACAUUCUUAUUCUGCCACAUCUUUGCAUUUGUACUAUCCUGGAGACUUACAUUGGCAGCCAUACCACUCUCUGUCAUGUUCAUUGUUCCAGCACUUAUAUUUGGGAAGAUCAUGUUGGAUCUUGUAAUGAAAAUGAUUGAGUCUUACGGAGUUGCUGGUGGGAUUGCUGAACAAGCAAUAUCUUCAAUAAGAACUGUUUAUUCUUAUGUUGGGGAGAAUCAAACACAAAACAGAUUUAGCAGUGCACUUCAAAAGACUAUGGAAUUUGGAAUACAGCAAGGUUUUGCAAAGGGGUUGAUGUUGGGAAGUAUGGGAGUUAUUUAUAUAAGCUGGGGUUUUCAGGCUUGGGUUGGAACUUUUCUGAUAACCAAAAAGGGAGAACAAGGUGGCCAUGUGUUUGUAGCAGGCUUCAAUGUCCUCAUGGGAGGGCUGAGCAUUUUAAGCGCCCUUCCAAAUUUAACUGCCAUCACUGAGGCAACUGCUGCUGUCACUCGUCUUUUUGAAAUGAUUGAUCGGGUGCCAACUAUAGAUUCCGAAGAUAAGAAAGGAAAGGCCUUAUCAUAUGUGAGAGGAGAAAUUGAAUUCAAAGACAUCUACUUUUGCUACCCAUCUAGGCCAGACACACAAGUCUUGCAGGGAUUGAAUCUCACUAUCUCAGCAGGCAAGAGGGUAGGCCUUGUGGGAGGUAGUGGUUCAGGUAAAUCCACUGUCAUAGCACUGCUUGAAAGGUUUUAUGACCCUGUUGAGGGAGAAAUACUCAUGGAUGGUCACAAGAUUAAUAGGCUUCAAUUGAAAUGGUUGAGAUCUCAACUUGGCCUUGUAAAUCAAGAGCCUGUUCUCUUCGCCACAUCCAUAAAAGAGAAUAUAUUGUUUGGAAAGGAAGGGGCUUCAAUGGAAAGUGUGAUAAGUGCAGCUAAAUCAGCUAAUGCACAUGAUUUCAUUGUCAAGUUACCAGAUGGAUAUGAAACUCAAGUUGGGCAGUUUGGAUUUCAAUUGUCUGGUGGGCAGAAGCAACGCAUUGCCAUAGCAAGAGCUUUACUGAGGGAUCCAAAGGUUCUCUUGCUCGAUGAAGCUACAAGUGCAUUGGAUGCUCAAUCUGAAAGAGUGGUACAGGCUGCAAUUGAUCAAGCUUCAAAAGGAAGGACAACAAUCAUCAUUGCUCACCGCUUGUCAACAAUUCGAGCAGCUCACAUGAUUGCAGUCCUUCAAGCAGGGAGAGUGAUUGAAUCAGGUACUCAUAAUGAGCUCAUGGAAUUGAAUGAUGGGGAGUAUGCUCGCAUGGUAGAAUUGCAACAAGUAACAACUCAGAAUGAUGAAUCAAAGCAUUCCAAUUUUCUUCAAAUAGAAGGAAAGAGCUCCUACAGGAUGAGCAUUCCUCAAAGUCCAGCUAUAAGUUUGAGAUCAAGCACUGCAGGCACUCCAAUGUUGUAUCCCUUCAGUCAAGGAUUUUCCAUGGGAACACCUUACUCCUAUUCUAUCCAAUAUGAUCCUGAUGAUGAUAGUUUUGAAGAUAGCUUGAAAAGAUCAAACUAUCCAGCUCCUUCGCAGGGGCGCUUGCUGAAAAUGAAUGCACCCGAGUGGGGAAGCGCAGUGCUAGGAAUCUUAGGUGCAAUAGGGUCAGGAGCAGUACAACCUGUAAAUGCAUACUGUGUAGGAACACUCAUAUCAGUUUAUUUUGAAACUGAUAGCUCUGAGAUGAAGUCUAAAACUAAAGUCCUGGCCCUCAUUUUCUUAGGAAUUGGUGUUUUUAACUUCCUUACUAGUAUUCUCCAACACUAUAACUUUGCAGUAAUGGGAGAAAGGUUGACUAAGAGAAUAAGAGAGAAGAUACUAGAGAAGUUGAUGACUUUUGAGAUAGGGUGGUUUGAUCAUGAAGAAAACACAAGUGCAUCCAUUUGUGCAAGAUUAUCAUCGGAAGCCAACUUGGUUCGUUCCCUUGUUGGCGAUCGGAUGUCUUUGUUGGCACAAGCAGUUUUUGGAUCUGUCUUUGCCUACACUCUAGGACUUGUGCUCACGUGGAGGCUUUCCCUUGUGAUGAUUGCAGUGCAGCCAUUAGUCAUUGGAAGCUUUUAUUCAAGAAGUGUCUUGAUGAAGAGUAUGGCAGAAAAAGCUCGUAAAGCACAAAGGGAAGGAAGCCAACUUGCAAGUGAAGCUGUUAUAAACCACAGAACCAUAACUGCCUUCGGCUCUCAGAAAAGAAUGAUGGCACUUUUCAAAUCCACAAUGGUGGGGCCUAAAAAGGAGAGUAUUAGGCAGUCAUGGAUUUCAGGCUUUGGUCUUUUUAGCUCCCAGUUCUUUAACACUGCCUCAGCAGCACUGGCUUAUUGGUAUGGUGGGAGGCUCCUCAUAGAUGGUCUCAUAGAACCAAAGCACCUAUUCCAAGCAUUUUUAAUAUUACUCUUCACUGCCUACAUUAUUGCAGAUGCUGGAAGCAUGACUUCUGACUUGUCCAAAGGAAGCAGUGCAGUUGGAUCAGUUUUUGCAAUCCUAGACAGGAAAAGUGAGAUUGAUCCUGAGAUUUCAUGGGGAGCUGAGAAAAAAAGGAGAAUAAGGGGCAGAGUGGAGCUUAAAAGUGUAUUCUUUGCAUAUCCAACUAGACCUGAUCAAAUGAUUUUCAAGGGUCUGUGUCUUAAAGUUGAAGCCGGGAGAACAGUGGCACUAGUGGGGCACAGUGGUUGCGGUAAAUCAACCGUUAUUGGCCUUAUUGAGAGGUUUUAUGAUCCUGUGAAGGGAACAGUAUGCAUAGAUGAACAAGACAUCAAGUCCUAUAAUUUGAGAAUGCUGAGGUCACAAAUUGCAUUAGUAAGUCAGGAACCAACCCUUUUUGCCGGAACCAUUCGAGAAAAUAUUGCCUAUGGGAAAGAAAACACAACUGAAUCUGAGAUAAGAAGGGCUGCAGCUCUGGCUAAUGCUCAUGAAUUCAUAAGUGGAAUGAAUGAUGGGUAUGAGACACAAUGCGGCGAAAGAGGUGUUCAGCUAUCCGGUGGUCAAAAACAAAGAAUAGCCUUAGCUCGAGCCAUACUGAAGAAUCCUGCAAUACUACUUUUAGAUGAGGCAACUAGUGCACUCGAUAGUGUGUCUGAGAUCUUGAUUCAAGAAGCACUAGAAAAGAUAAUGGUUGGAAGAACAUGCAUAGUAGUGGCACAUAGGCUAUCCACAAUACAGAAAUCCAACUCCAUUGCUGUGAUUAAGAAUGGGAAGGUUGUGGAACAAGGUUCACAUAAUGAAUUGAUUUCCCUUGGACGUGAUGGUGCAUAUUAUUCUCUUGUUAAACUUCAAAGUGGUAGCUCCCCUAGGUAA